AUGGACGAUGCCACGAAAUCUUUAUUGGAGUACAGGAUUCUUGAUACAACAACCGGGCUCCUAUCCAGCAUUGUCAGACCACCUAUUAUCGCCCAGAGCUUUGAAUUAAAACCUCAAUUCAUACAGUUCAUCACCAAUGACUCAUUUGCAGGCACACCUCAUGAAUGCCCUGUUAGCCACAUAGACAGUUUCUUGGAGAAGUGCGACACCAUGAAGCUCAACGGUGUUACUGUUGAUGCUAUCAGACUUCGUUUGUUCCCUUUUUCACUACGGGAUAGAGCGAAGGAAUGGUUGCGAGACGAAGGUAUAGGCUCCUUUGAUACAUGGGAUAAGCUUUCCAAGGCCUUCUUAGUAAGAUUUUUAGGGCAAGAGAAGACAGCAAAGUUGAGGAACGAGCUAGCUACCUUUCGUCAAUCUGAUGAUGAGUCUUUAUAUGAGGCAUGGAGAAGAUUCAAGCGCUUACAGAGACAAUGCCCUCAUCACGGUAUCCCAGAGUGGCUGUUGAUCCAAACAUUCUACAAUGGUCUUACCCACGCGUUCCGCAUAUACAUUGUUGCUGCAUCCGGAGGUUCUUUCAUGACUAAGAACCCAACUGAAGCUAAGGAGCUAAUUGAGAAAAUGGCAGCCAAUGAUAAUUAUCAUCCAGGGGGCAGAAAUACUGUGAAGACUAGAGGAAAAUUUGAUGUUGAUGCUUUAACUCUCUUGACAAGUUCUGUACAAGCAUUAACAAGCAAGUUCGAUAAAAUCCAAGCUGGACCCCCUUCCACUUCAUUCGAAACAUGUCAAUUAUGUGGUAUUCAAGGCCAUAUUUCACCACAAUGUCAACCUCCCUCUGACGAAAUGUCAAUCGAGGAAGCAAAUGCCUUCUAUACUACGAGACCUAAAAGGCCGUAUGAUGCUCAAGCUCAAUUGUAUUCUCCGCCACCACUACCUAAUUUUUAA